AUGCUGCUCUUCCCCUCUGCCCUGCUGUUCCCCUCUGCCCUGCUCUUCCCCUCUGCCCUGCUCUUCCCCUCUGCCCUGCUCUUCCCCUCUGCCCUGCUGUUCCCCUCUGCCCUGCUGUUCUGUUCCCCUCUGCCCUGCUCUUCCCCUCUGCCCUGCUGUUCUGUUCCCCUCUGCCCUGCUCUUCCCCUCUGCCCUGCUGUUCCCCUCUGCCCUGCUCUUCCCCUCUGCCCUGCUCUUCCCCUCUGCCCUGCUGUUCCCCUCUGCCCUGCUCUUCCCCUCUGCCCUGCUCUUCCCCUCUGCCCUGCUCUUCCCCUCUGCCCUGCUCUUCCCCUCUGCCCUGCUCUUCCCCUCUGCCCUGCUCUUCCCCUCUGCCCUGCUCUUCCCCUCUGCCCUGCUGUUCCCCUCUGCCCUGCUCUUCCCCUCUGCCCUGCUCUUCCCCUCUGCCCUGCUCUUCCCCUCUGCCCUGCUCUUCCCCUCUGCCCUGCUCUUCCCCUCUGCCCUGCUGUUCCCCUCUGCCCUGCUCUUCCCCUCUGCCCUGCUGUUCCCCUCUGCCCUGCUCUUCCGCUCUGCCCUGCUGUUCCCCUCUGCCCUGCUCUUCCCCUCUGCCCUGCUCUUCCCCUCUGCCCUGCUCUUCCCCUCUGCCCUGCUCUUCCCCUCUGCCCUGCUCUUCCCCUCUGCCCUGCUGUUCCCCUCUGCCCUGCUGUUCCCCUCUGCCCUGCUCUUCCCCUCUGCCCUGCUGUUCCCCUCUGCCCUGCUCUUCCCCUCUGCCCUGCUCUUCCCCUCUGCCCUGCUCUUCCCCUCUGCCCUGCUCUUCCCCUCUGCCCUGCUCUUCCCCUCUGCCCUGCUCUUCCCCUCUGCCCUGCUGUUCCCCUCUGCCCUGCUCUUCCCCUCUGCCCUGCUGUUCCCCUCUGCCCUGCUCUUCCCCUCUGCCCUGCUCUUCCCCUCUGCCCUGCUCUUCCCCUCUGCCCUGCUGUUCCCCUCUGCCCUGCUCUUCCCCUCUGCCCUGCUCUUCCCCUCUGCCCUGCUCUUCCCCUCUGCCCUGCUCUUCCCCUCUGCCCUGCUGUUCCCCUCUGCCCUGCUGUUCCCCUCUGCCCUGCUGUUCCCCUCUGCCCUGCUGUUCCCCUCUGCCCUGCUGUUCCCCUCUGCCCUGCUGUUCCCCUCUGCCCUGCUGUUCUGUUCCCCUCUGCCCUGCUCUUCCCCUCUGCCCUGCUGUUCCCCUCUGCCCUGCUGUUCCCCUCUGCCCUGCUCUUCCCCUCUGCCCUGCUGUUCCCCUCUGCCCUGCUGUUCUGUUCCCCUCUGCCCUGCUCUUCCCCUCUGCCCUGCUGUUCUGUUCCCCUCUGCCCUGCUCUUCCCCUCUGCCCUGCUGUUCUGUUCCCCUCUGCCCUGCUCUUCCCCUCUGCCCUGCUUGCCUCCCCACCCUGCCCCACCCGGAACACGGUCAACGUGACGAGGUGGUUUCAGGACGACCUGAAGCUGAAGGAAGAGGACUCAGACUUACUCUUCCCUCUCUCCCCUCUUCCCACCCCCUCUCCCCCCACCCCCCCCCUCCCCCCCCUCUCCUACUCCCCUCCCCCUCUCCUAAUCUCCUACCCCCCUCCCCCCCUCUCUCCCUCCCUUCCUCUCCCCCCCUCCCCCUCCCAGAACAUGGUGAACGUGACCAGGUGGUUCCUGGAGGACCUGCAGUUGAAGAAGGAGGACUCGGUCGUGGUGAAGAUGGAUAUAGAGGGGUACGAGUGGGAGAUACUGCAGCACUGGCUGUCCAACCCUCUCCCCCCCGUCUCCCCCCCUCCCCGUCCCAGAACAUGGUGA